CCUGUUGCUGCUUCCCCGGUUGCCACUACCUCAACGCGUAAAAAGUGUUUCUCUCUCUAAACUCUCAAACUUUCUCUCUCUAUCACUCUACUUCCUUCCACGUUCCUCCAAUAUGAUCACAUUUCUCAAAAGAAAUGUUAUUCUGAGAGUUAUUCUGGGUAAAGCAACAGAAAAAAGAAAGGUUUUUGCAUUAAUGGAGAGUACGAUGAUGAAUGGUGGUGAUUCAUUGGUUGCUGAUAAAAGGAAUGUCGGUGUAUAUGGUGGCGUUGAUGAUGUGUACGGUGAAGAUUGUGCCACGGAGGAUCAGCUUAUCACUCCAUGGACCGCCUCUGUUGCUAGUGGGUACACUUUGUUGAGGAAUCCACACCAUAACAAAGGGCUUGCUUUCACUGACAAAGAGAGGGAUGCUCAUUACCUGCGGGGCCUUUUGCCUCCGGCGGUUUUUUCUCAGGGCCUCCAGGAGAAAAGGUUGAUGCACAAUCUUCGCCAGUACGAAGUUCCCUUGCAACGAUACAUGGCCAUGAUGGACCUUCAGGAAAGAAACGAAAGACUAUUUUAUAAACUUCUGAUUGAUAAUGUUGAGGAACUGCUGCCAGUUGUGUACACUCCCACAGUUGGUGAGGCUUGCCAGAAAUACGGAAGCAUUUUCACACGUCCUCAGGGUCUCUACAUCAGCUUGAAAGAGAAGGGUAAGAUUCUUGAAGUAUUGAAGAACUGGCCACAGAGGAAUAUACAGGUUAUUGUUGUUACUGAUGGUGAGCGUAUUUUGGGACUUGGAGAUCUUGGAUGCCAGGGUAUGGGGAUUCCUGUAGGAAAACUUUCUUUAUACACAGCACUAGGAGGAAUACGUCCUUCGUCGUGCUUGCCUGUCACCAUUGAUGUUGGCACAAACAAUGAGAAAUUGUUGAAUGAUGAGUUCUAUAUUGGUCUUAGGCAAAGGAGGGCAACCGGACAGGAAUAUGCUGAACUUCUAGAAGAGUUCAUGACUGCUGUCAAGCAGAAUUACGGAGAGAAAGUGCUUGUACAGUUUGAAGAUUUUGCCAAUCACAAUGCUUUUGAGCUAUUGGCGAAAUACAGCUCAAGUCAUCUCGUCUUUAAUGAUGACAUACAGGGUACAGCGUCCGUGGUGCUAGCGGGACUUAUUGCGGCUUUGAAGUUAGUUGGUGGAACCUUAGCCGAUCAUAAAUUUUUAUUCCUCGGCGCGGGAGAGGCUGGAACUGGUAUAGCUGAGCUUAUAGCACGUGAAAUCUCAAAACAGACCAAAGCUCCAAUUGAAGAAACCCGAAAACAAAUUUGGCUUGUGGAUUCAAAGGGACUGAUUGUUAGCUCUCGUAAGGAGUCGCUUCAACAUUUCAAGAAGCCGUGGGCUCACGAGCAUGAACCGGUCAAGGGGCUUUUGGAUGCUGUUAAGGCACUCAAGCCAACAGUUUUGAUUGGAUCAUCCGGAGUUGGAAAAACAUUCACAAAGGAGGUGGUUGAGGCCAUGGCAUCCUUCAAUGAGAAACCAGUAAUUCUUGCUCUCUCCAACCCUACUUCCCAAUCCGAGUGUACAGCGGAAGAAGCUUAUACGUGGACUGAGGGCCGUUGUAUCUAUGCUAGUGGAAGUCCAUUUGACCCUGUUGAAUAUAAUGGGGAAGUUUUUAUUUCCGGCCAGGCAAACAACGCUUACAUAUUUCCUGGAUUUGGUUUGGGUGUGAUUAUGUCUGGCGCAAUUCGGGUGCACGAGGACAUGCUUUUGGCAGCCUCUGAAUCUUUGGCCGAACAAGUAGAGCAAGAACACUAUGACAAGGGGUUGAUUUACCCUCCAUUCACCAACAUUCGAAGAAUUUCCGCCAACAUUGCUGCCAAAGUUGCUGCUAAAGCAUACGAACUCGGUCUAGCUUCUCGUCUCCCGCGUCCAAAGGAUCUUGUUCAGCAUGCAGAGAGCUGCAUGUACAGCCCAAUCUACCGAAACUAUCGUUGAACUUGCAAUGUAGUUAUCCACAUUUUGUAGCCUACCACUUGGUUUAAGCCUUUAUAUAUUCUGUUUGUACUCUAGUUUGCCAAUUAUUAGUUCUUUGGCCAGUAUGGUUUCUGGUAGUUAUCAGAGCUUGCGGCUAUCAUUUGCUUAUUUCUUCAGACAUUGUUGUCUGCUGCAUUUUUUUUAACUUCAAUCCAAUAAUGAAAGAUAGUUACAGUUA